AUGGGAUGUAGUAAAUCUGUUUCGGUUGUAAAACCUCUUGAUUUCCAAGAAAUAAGGGAAAUCACUCAGAAAAUGAUUGAGGGUGAAAAUGAGAUUAUCACUAUACUUUUUCCUGUAACUGAGAGAUCUUAAAAGCGAAAAAGCACUAUCACAGUAUUUUUAUCUCCUCGAAAGUCUUAAAGUCGUCUAGAUUUGUAUUAGUCACCUGUUCGAAUUUCUGCCAGAUCGAAUUCAAGAAUUUUCAAAGAAGAGAAGAUCACAGAAAACAUCUUAACUUUCACUGAAAGAUCCACUUAAAUCCAGUCCAUUAGUCUUGCUUCUGAGUCUCCAACAAGAAGAGAUAGAGACAGAGGUAGUAGUGUCCAUAAGGCUACAUCCUCUUUUCAUUCUAAUGUCGAAGCCCAGAAAAUCGACAAAGAACCUGAUCUUCAUCCGAUCGUACAAUAGCAGAUGCAAAAGCUCGGAUCAUUCAAAUUUUUGUAGGAUUAAAAUUACUCAGAUUGUAUUAAGUUGCAGCCCCAUAGAUUUUCUAAUGGAGAUGUCUAUUCAGGUUGUUGGAAAAAUAACCUUAAACAUGGUAGAGGUAAAUUAUUCCUUGCUUCGGGUUCCUAUUUUGAAGGAUACUUUAAGGAAGGACAAAUGAUGGUAGGUAAAUAUUUUUUUAAGAAUGGUAAUAUAUAUGAAGGGGAAUUUUUUGAGGGAAAAUUUAAUGGGAAAGGUUUGUAUCUUUGGACUGAUGGCGAAUAUUAUAAUGGAUAAUGGAAAUCGGAUUAAAGAGAAGGCUAAGGGGCAUUUCAAUGUGCCGAUGGCAGGAGAUAUGUUGGAGAAUGGAAGAAUGAUAAAAAGAAUGGAUAAGGUGAAUAUAUUAGUCCUGAUGGAAAUAAGUAUGAAGGUCAAUGGAAAGAUAAUAGAAGGAAUGGGUUUGGCACUGCCUAUUUGCCAGACGGGUCUUCAUUUAAAGGCUAAUGGUUGAAUGAUAAGAAAACUGGCAAAGGAGAAUAUCGCUAUGCAAAUGGUGAUGUUUACUAUGGAGAUUGGUAUGAAAAUUUAAAGCAUGGCAAAGGUAAGCUUACAUAAAAGGAUGGCUGUUCUUAUGAUGGCUAAUUUUUUAAUGGUUAAAUGGAAGGAGAAGGUACUUAUAUUUGGAGUGAUGGUAAAAAGUAUGUGGGAUCUUGGAGUCGUAACACAAGAAAAGGUUUUGGUAUCAUGACGCUACAGGAUGGAAAAUAUUAUAAAGGAGAAUGGGAUAAUGAUGAGAGAUAUGGACAAGGAGAAUUUUAUUGGGGACCUGACUAAUAUUACAUUGGUUAAUGGGUUGAAAAUGUAAGGGAAGGUUCAGGAUAAUAUGUUGAAGACGGUACUAAGUACAUAGGCAAUUGGGUAAGUGAUAAAAAACACGGAUAAGGAAAAUAAAUCUAUCCACUUUACACUUAUGAGGGUUCUUGGAUUGCUAAUUAGAGAGAGGGAUAAGGAACUGCUGUCUUCAAUAAUGGAUUGAAGUAUACAGGACAAUGGAUGAAUGAUUGUAUUCAUGGACAAGGAAUAGUUGAAUAUAAGGAUUAUAAGUAUAAUGGAGAUUGGUCUAGAAACAGAAUGGAUGGCAAUGGUGUUUUUACUCAUAAUUUCUGCAUAUAUACUGGAUAAUACCGGAGUGGAGUCAGAGUAGGAGUUGGAACAUUUAAAGAUGGAGCAGGCAAUGUUAUUAAGUAGGAAUUUAGAAACGGAAACUUAGUUGAUUUUUCCGAAUGA